AUGGACCACAAUCGUGCUGCACGAAAAUUUGUGCAGGCAGUCUAUGCAAAGUGCCCAGGAUCGUCACUGGCAGAUAAUUCAGUGUUCGAUGCUACACUUCAAGGCAAAGAUGGAGAUGGCGAGACGAACAAGAAUGCCGAGAAAAAAAUUGAUGGCAAAGGCAAUGGAAACACAGAGAAGAAGUGCUUGUGCGAACGGUUGCACAAAUUCAAGAACUGUCCUGUUAUUAAUGAGGAUAAGAGAACAGAAAACUUCAAGCCAGAUGCGGAAAACUUCUUGAUGGUUGAAAGAGCAAUUAGAAAGAGUAAGAACCUUUCUAAGACGUUCAAAGCAUGGUUGGAAAGGUACGGCAAAGAGCCUGCAACUCCUGAAACAGAAAAGCGAUCAACAGCACUAACACCAUCAUCAGUCUCACCACAUUCUUUCAUUGAUUUUGCUUUAAAGAAUAGCAUCAUCCUAGAUUCAGGAUCAUCUGCGAACGUGUGCAAUAAUCGACUUCGACUCACCAACUAUGAGGCAUCCGAUGGUUCUGAACUUCUCAUGGCCGGCGAUACAGAUAUAACUGGAAAGCCUGUUUUAAGAAUCACUCUGCAGAGUCUUCAUGAUAGAAUGGGCUAUGUGUAUUUAGAGGCUUUGCGUCAUAUAAAGCAAAGCACAGAAGGAAUCGAGUUGAUUGACAAGUAUACCGAUGUCAACUGUGAAAUUUGUCGAUUGAAGAAUGCACAGCGAAUUAUUUCUCGACGAAUCCCUGAAAAGUCAGCAAUAUCUUUCCAUCGAUGUCAUUGGGAUAUAAUCUAUCCUGGUGAAAGAUAUAAUGCUGAUCGAAGGAUCCUUCAUAUUUUCGAAGAAACUACCGAUCUCCACAAGGUUGAUUCAAUCAUUUCUGGUACUCAAUCAGAGAUUAUGGGAAGCUUAAAAGGUUCUCAGAAUAGCAUCAAACUCCAGUUUGGUUUCGACAUAUUCAUUCUGAGGUUUAGUGGUGAAUCAGCAAUGGGAAAUGAAAUUUGGGGUUUACAAUUUAAGAGAGUAAUUGUUUCAAGGGAUGUCACAUUUGAUACGACUCAGCGAUACAAGGCGGAUGAUGUUUUCGAUGAUAUCACAGAAGCGGAAGCAGAAGUCGAUACUUUACAGGUUACUCGGAUUCAGAUCUAUGUUGAAACCGAGGACCUCGUAUUAUAUCGGGAUUACAAUUGA